CUAGGUCUACCAUUUCCCCAGAUCACCAGGAUGGCAGUCUUCUCAUCCAAACCUUUGAACCCUUCCAAACUCAACCGAAACGUCGAAAGAAAACCAUGGCUCAUUGGGAUUCCUUUUGUUCUGCUCAUGGUCGCUGCGUCUUACGGGAUGUCAACAUUUACUCAAACGAGAUAUGACCUUCAUGAUCAAAAAGUCAAACAGGUAUCGAAAGAACAGGAGCUAAGGUUGGAUAGUAAUAGACGGAAGUUUGAUAUCCGAGAGGAAUAUUUCAAAUUGAGCGCGGAAGGAGAAAAAGAUUGGGAGCCUAAACGGAUACAACGACCUAAAGGUCUACCGGAGUGGGGUAUUCCACCAACAGAACCUCCGCGGCCCAAAUCUUGAUUCCAAAUGAAAUCAUGACAACACAAAAUAUCCUACAACCUAACCUUUUCACCACCCUUCAGUUUCAAUAACGGUUCUCCUACAAACUCCACACGAGGCCUUCAUCCGGUCCAACCCACUCAUCGCGAUACACUCAUACGACUCCUCCACACUGUUUGGACCAUAAACCCUCUCAAUCUCAAUCCACGGAACGCAGUCUUUCAUCAGUUUAUGCCAUUCUGUUCUUUGAAGCUCGAAUAUCUGAGAGAGCGACAUCUGACGUCUACGACUAGAGAGAUGUAGACUUCGUUCUAGACUUCGAAGAGAAACGCGAGCACCUGUGAGAAUCCCUGGCUCUUCAGAUUAUGAUGGUAUGGAUGUACAGACGUCCACC